CGAGGGAAUGGGCUUUGCACAGCCAAGCGCUUUGUCAUGUAGCUCUAUGCCAGCAGCUACUAGGGAGGUGUGACAAUCAAUUGAUUGUUCCAGUGAUGUGGAUGAUGAGGAAGGCCUAGGUUAAUACACAAUGCAAUUGAGCAUGUGUAUAGAGGAGUCUGUCACAGGAUGCUGCUUUGUAUCUGUCUCUACUCUAUUGAAACAGAGUUCAGUUCUGCCCCUCCAGAAUAGUGCCAGAGCUUGUUGUAUUUUAGAAUAUUUGAAAUGGCAAAGGGGAAGACUGCUUAAAUUCGGCAGUAUUGUAGCAACACUCUAGCCAGAGUUUUUCAGUCUGGAGUUUUCCAGAGUGUUUACAGUUGCCUUCAAGUUAAAAUUGGCCUCUUGUCAAUGUUUCAUCAGUCACACCCUUCCCCCCCCUCUUAUGCAAACAAAUGGGUUUUGGUAGUCCUGAUGUAGAGGAUCAUUCAGGACACAGUCCUUGACACGUAAAUUAUUUUUGCAUAGCACAGAAAAAUUCUGGAAAACAUUACUUUACAACUAGAUUAAUCUGUACAACAAGUGUAUGAAACUUGUGGUAGGAUCUGUUGCAAACUUAGGACCUUUAUUGUGGAUGCUGCUUUUUAUUUUUUUAAUGUGGUGUGUUCCUUACCGACUGUCCAUCUCGGAGAGCUACUCAAAACACCAUUGUUUCCCGUGGAACGAUGUAGGUGGUGUUUAUAUAACCUCAUACUGGGGUUUUGCAUCACAGGAAUCCUAAAGAAUGACCUUCUGCUUCUUUGCAUGGGUUUUGCAGGCAUUGUUAGUGUAGUGGUGUUGCUAAGCAAUGUCCAGCCAAAGGAACUAUGGCAAUGCCCCUGGAAGAAACUGCUCCAGAAGUAAAAUAGUUGCAAGUCAGCCAGGGCUAGAAAUCUUGGAAUAUCAGGUGGCGUGUCUACAGCUUAUGUUGGCGUAACUGAUGUCACUCAGGGUGUGCAAAUCAAUCACUGGGUGGCAUAAGUUACAGGGGCGUAAGUGCCGGUGUGGACAGCCUUAUGUCGGUGGUGGAGCUUUUCCUGGCACUGUCCACACCGGCACUUACAAUCUUCCUCUCCCCCCACCAAGGUAGCAGCGAGGUUGACAAGGGAAGCUCUCCCACCAACACAGCGCUAUUUACAUUGGUAGGGUGAGUGUUCAGGGGUGGUUUAUUCACACCCCUGAGUGGCAUACUGUAUGCUGACUUAAGCUUUAGUGUAGACAUAGCCCUAGAGCUACUGGACAGCGUUUACAGCAGUGCAGUUGCAUUGGUGCACUUGCUAUGCUGUAAACUUUCUACAGAUCGGACCUCUCUGGUCCACACUCUUGAGACCUGACCAGUCCCUGAUGAGGGAAUUUGCCGGAUCUGGGGAUGUCCUACCAGCCCCCUAGCCCUGGACCAGCCACUGACCUCCCGGUGGCCGGCUCCCCUACCACCACCGAACCUGUUGGUCCCCCGCCCCUCUUCCCUGCCAGGCAGCCCAGCUCCCAGUGCGCUGGACUCUUGGCCCCAUCAGACAGCCCCACUGUGGAGUGUCAAACUCUUGGCCCCACUGCACACCAGGACUCUGUUCCUGGAAUGUCCAUGGUCCUGCUGGAUGUUGCCGGACCAGGGCAUCCCGGUUUUUAGAGCUUCAACCUGUAGUGUAGCCCAUAGUCUUUGCUCCAGUAACCCUCUAGCUACGCUUCAAAGCAUGAACUGAAAGGGAAGCUUUAUUAACCCAAGUUACCAGCAUCUGAACUCUCUACUCUUGUGCUUGCCCCACGAGAAAUCAACAUUAGGGCACCAAGGGCAUGUUCAAAACUUGUUCAGAGCCAGUUAGCCUGACACUGGAUCUCAUAUGGCUGCCUUUGACUAUGAAAAUGUCAGCACCUUCAACAUUUUAUAGCGCACUUAAAGUGUGAUAUUUAAACCAUCUUCUUCUAGAUCCUCUCUAUUUGUAGGUGGUUUUUAUAGAAAAAUGUGCUUAUCUGGGCCUUCCUUUCCAGCCAUCUGCUAUUGGCAGUUGCCCAAAUCUCCCUUACUGGUGGAAGGUUGCUCAGCACACUUGGAACUUUUCACAAGAAGUCCCCUUCCCAUUUCAAAUAACACUGCACUUUCUGUGGUAAAACAGCUCCGUCAUCUUCGAUUUACACAGACAAGCCCUAGAAACAUGGAAUUUGUCAUUGACAUUCCAUCAAGGGACACUGGCAUGAACGUUCUGGAAUUGUCAUUAGUGGUUUAGCUGUCAAGUCUCCAAAACAUUUUCUCAUAUAACUUGGUGCUGUUUCUUUCUCUUUUGCAGUAGUAUUUUGCCUUUGAGUAACAGUCCCCAGCUACAGUGCUCCAGGCACAUUGUUCCAGGGCCUCUGUGGUGCUCCUGAUGCCCCUCACCCACUGUCGAAGAUCCCCGGUGGGCGAGGGGGUGGCAGGGAUCCUUCUCUGAUAUAUAAGGACGAGAAGCUCACUGUUAAUCAAGAUGUCCCAGUGCAUGAAGGGAAACCUCACAUGGUCCACUUCCAGUACAAGAUUACGGAAGUGAAGAUCUCCUCCUGGGAUGCAGUGCUUUCCAAUCAGAGCCUUUUUGUGGAAAUCCCUGAUGGCUUAUUAGCUGACGGGAGCAAAGAAGGAUUGCUUGCGCUGUUGGAGUUCGCUGAGGAGAAGAUGAAAGUGAGCUACGUCUUUGUUUGCUUCAGAAAAAGCCGAGAGGAUCGAGCUUCACUUCUGAAGACGUUCAGUUUCUUGGGCUUUGAGAUUGUGAGGCCUGGCCACCCCUGCGUCCCAUCGCGGCCCGACGUGCUGUUCAUGGUGUACUCCAUGGAUCAGAACUCUUCCUCGGAUGAAGAAUAGCCCCUGGGGCAUACACGUGAAGAUGCUUUUGAGGGGAGCCAGGGUUAAGUCCCCUUUCAUGUGGAAAGGGAAAACAAGAGUCUGUUGGACUGAAACUGUAUUUCUCAUUGUUAGAUUGGCCUGUAUAUCCUCAGAGUUGACUUUUCAUUGAUUGAAAUGUGUUACAUACAUAGAGAACUAUAUAUACACCCAUAAUCUCCAAAUAGUAAAUGGAAGAUGUUUCUGAACUGGCAUAGAAGCUCUUUAACUACAGCUGUGUGGUAUGCUUGUUAACCUAGCAGUGCCUCAUGCGCGGGCUGUGAAUGGAGCCUGGCGUGCUGGGGGGUCAGUGGCUAGAAGCAUUCUCAAUUUCUUGACUUUUUCAAUCAGUGUUGCUUUUUUCCGAUCACCUGGUGUGUGGCGCACACUCCUUUUAAAGACUUGUCUGUUUUUAUGUUCACUCAGACUCUUAACUGUCAGGCAUGUUGUGGGUGUAGACGCGUAGAAGGGAUGUGCUUGAGUUAACCUGUAAGGAUACUACAUUUAAAACUGAACCCAUUUCUGCACGGGGGUGACCAAUGCUGGGUACAGCCGACCCCUCUUAAAAAGCUUUUGGCUCUUCCGGCAUUGGUGUGAGCAGUGAUGUGCUGUUCCAGGGGACCUCUGCACUAUGGGCGUGCUCAGGUCAACUGCACUCACCUGGCACGUGUUAGAGAGACUGCAGGGCUGUUGUGAUGUGGCUCAGGCUGCCUGUGCACCCAUUGUGUGGAGCAGUUGGGAGCCCUUAGGAAAGGGGUGAGCUAUCCUGGUCUGCAUGGGGCCACUGGUGUUCCAAGGCUCCAGUGAGAUGGGUAAGGAGGGUGAAGUUAACGGAUCACUUCUUCCAUGAUCUUCCUCCCCUCCAUGCCAAUGUCCAUGCCCACGGCCAGUUCCAGAGAAGCUCUUGGAGGCUUCCGAUGCUGCUGAGAUGGGAAUGGUCUCAAACACCAAAGGGAGCAGAUUGUAGCACCGCAGCCUGCACUGCACUGCCUGCCCCUUCCCGGAGCAGUGCUCCUCCAGCGGUGGGAGGGAGAGGGUGGAGCUGGCGCUGGUUCCUAUCUCGCCACCAUUUCUAGUGUUGGAGAUGGGAGUUAAGCUCUUGUAUUGAUGCCACUUGGUUUUAGCCUGGCUGGCUUGCUCUGACUGCUACAUGAGAGACUUAGAAAUCCUCCGUUGGGGGUGCGUUGUGCGCUCGCUCGCUGACCCAGCUGCCUUAUCCAUUGCAUUGUCCUUGUAGGCUUCGUUUCCUCGGAGGAUGUUUGAAAGCUGAAGCCAUUCCAUAGACUGAGAGUUGCUGUUUAUUUUCUGGGAGGGGUGGGUCACAUGUUGUUAGUGUGUGAAUAAAUGGUUUUAAAGUUGG